UGACAACUCGCAGGUUUUUCAACCUUACGUGUUGCGAACUCGCAGGAACAGUACAACAGUUAUGAGCCGUCACAGUAUGUUGUUGUCAUCAUCUCCUAUUCGUAUUCCUAGUAGCCGACUUCAUCAGAUCAGAAGGGAGGAAGGAGUGGAUUUAAUGAACAGAGAAACAGCACAUGAGAGGGAAGUGCAAACAGCAAUGCAGAUAAGCCAGUCAUGGGAGGAAAGCUUGAGCCUGAGCGACAAUGACUUGGACAAGUCUGAGAAAUCUUCCUCCCCAAAGAGAAUAGACUUCAUUCCAGUUUCUCCUGCUCCUUCACCGACAAGAGGAAUAGGAAAGCAAUGUUUUUCCCCAUCAUUGCAAAUGUUUGUGAGCAGUAAUGGAUUGCCUCCAAGCCCUAUUCCCAGUCCAACAAGGCGAUUCUCCAACAGGAGGAGUCAAAGUCCAAUCAACUGUAUCAGGCCCAGUGUUCUUGGCCCCAUUAAAAGAAAAGGUGAAAUGGAAACUGAAAGUCAGCCAAAGAGACUUUUUCAAGGAACAACCAACAUGCUUUCUCCAGAUGUUACACAUCUGACAGAUCUCAGUUCAUGCCUGUCUUCAGAUAUUCUCGAUGGAAGCAGCAGCAGCGUUGGCUCUUCCUCCGAAUCCCUGACUAAAGGCAGCAUAACCACAGAGUCUCCUGUAACGUGCUCCAACUCCUGCUCUUCAUUCAUUUUGAUGGAUGAUCUCUCACCGAAGUGACUUAACCUUCUGAGUCAGUGUCUGGCUGUGCUGUUCCCUCGCUGUACACUCGGACAGAGAAACGAACUCUCAUCCUUGAACCAUUAGCGCGUGGAUUAUUCAAAGGAAAAAUUAUUGUAACUGUAAUCCUUGGCGACUUUCCAGUGAUUUUGAUUUAUCCAUUUAAUGGACGUUGUAAACCACAUUCAUGUCUGGUUUUGUGAAUUUAUUUUUUAAACAAGGUGUCUGCUCAGAUUAUACUAACUUUUUUGCUUUCAGGAACUUGCGUAUACUUUUUGAUUCCGAGAAUAGGUUUCUACCUAUUGGUGUUGCAAUUUUUAGGAAAAUACUUCUGUCAUUAUCGUGGUCACUGCCUAGGGAAAUAUUUGGUUUGGAAGGAUUUGAAAAUACUAAUUUAUUUUCUGGCACUUCUAUCACCACGUAAAACUAUUCUCCUUGGUUUGUUUCAGUCCCUAGCCUCAAAUUCUCUUACAGAAAGGAGGAAAAAAAAUAAUCUUUUCUUAGUGCUGCUAGUCAUUUUUAUUACAGAAGACCACAGUGGGUCUGGAAAUCUCACUCUAUUUAAAAAAAAAAAAGCAAACAACCAGCCAACCCACAGCAAAAUAACUCAUGACUGGCACUUUUGCCAUCAAUGAAGAAAUAAUAGUCUACAAACAUGAUUAAAAUAGCUGCAUAGUUCUCUCCCCCGUUCCUUUAUCCUACAGAUUAUAUGAAACGAGGUCAAUAUUCAGCACGAUUUGGCCAAGGAAGAUGAAUCCCAUGCCUCGAUCUAAGACAUAGAGUGCAGAUAACUAAGCUAUUUAAACUACUGUGUAGGAGAACCACGUACGGCACCAUCGAUGUCUCCUGUGGCAUUGAGGUCAUAGGUAUUUUUGUGCCUUAGGGGACAUUGUUACAGAAUUAGGGAAUGUAAACCGGAGGGGUGGGAGGGAGGGAGGGAGGGAGAAGUCCUUUGUGUAGAGCUUGUCCAUGGAGUGCUUACCAGAACCUGUCCUCCCUGCUGCUUCCCUCCGAGCUCCUUUCCCAAGCCUCUGCUCCCUCGCGAGGUGCCACGGGCUGCCCAAGUCCCACCUGCCACUGCCUGCAGCGUCGAUGCCUUCGCUGGUGGAGAACAAAGAGCUAAGAGAAUAUUUGAUUCCUAAGGAAAGACUUAAGAGGUUGGACUGAAUUGAGCUCUGCACAUUGUUUGGCGAAGGAGUUGAGCUGUGAGUAGUCUUGAUAACAGUACCUUGGUCGGUCUGAGGUAGGACAAGAGAUAUUUUACUUUUUAAAGACUUUAACGGGGCAAAAUAAAUCCGUUUGUAAUCUACUGUGUUAUGCUAUUUAUUAUUUAUAACUAUGUAAAAAGUCUGUGGUGAUGAAUUAUAGUAUUUUUUUAUGAUUGAAUAAGUUUUUUAUGUUCAGUAAUUGCUGGCUGGUUUGUAUUUAAUACGCAACAUUGUCUGCCAGAAUCAUAAGCUUCCAUUUUUGAAUGUUUGUAACAUAAAUGCUUUUGUUAUCUAAAAGUACAACUUCUGAUCUUUUUGAAAGAAAAUAGCACUGAAUUUAAGAUUAUGUGCUUUAAAAGUGAGCACAAUCUCUGGCAAUACUGUCUGGCUAAAAGGGGGAGGGGGAAAACCAUAGGUUUUGGGUUUGGUUUUUUUUUUCCUGUUCCGAAGAAGCCGUUGAGUUUCCAGAAGAUUUGUACAUACCAGAUUAUUUUUAAAAGUGUUUCCAUUAAAUUGUAAGUAGUACCAUAAUGGGCCAACAGUGGCACUAUUAUUUGUAUUAUCAUUUUCACCUGUGGAGCGUUAGUUCCCCACCUCAAAUAAAUGUGCAUAUUGUAAACUAUUGUCCAUUGGUGCCAUUUUUAAAUGAGCUCUGCAGUAUUGAAUGUUAAUUUUAUUUGUAUAUGCACAGUGCUAUUUCUUGAAUUUUUGGUGUCUUAAAUUGCUUAAUUAUUUUUUUAUUCAUGCCUGUAUCUUCUCUGCCUUCUUGGUGCUAAAAGAAGGCUGAUUUUACAUUUGCAAACUAUUGAUAAAGAGUCUGUGAUAAAAUUCGACCUGUUACCUGUGCCCCGGGUUCAUGAUACCAUGCUGUUACUGGUACUGUGAUUUGGGAAUCUGAACAAGGGGUGGCAGAAGGGGGAAACCUAUUGCAUGCUUUCUUAAAACCGAGAAGAGCACAGCUAUUUGCUUAUUUUUGGCUGACUUACCUGUACAAUUGAUGUAUUCCAGAUUUGUUUGUUAGUGGAGAGUCUUAUAUAAGUGCUGGCCUUUGUAAACAUUAGAAUGUAAGCUUCAUAAAGCAAACGCACAAAUAUUCACUCUUGUUACAGCAUUUUUUAUUUUUAGUGUUCUGGCUACUCUCUGCUCUUCAGAAGACAUUGCUCUUUUAUAAAAUACAUACAUAAUGUGCACACA